UUAGUCAGAAAACGAAUUCGGAGAAAACUAGUCUCCGAUAUCUGACCAACAAGUGCUACAGUUUCUCAAAGUGAUACCGAGGGCCCCAAACGUGCCUCGGAGUGAUAAAAUCUCGAAGAACACUAGAACUUUAACAACAGUGCAAGUGAACGGUGUUGGUUGGUCGAAAAGUUACUGUUCCUAAACACAACCACAAGUGCCUUCUAGGAUUACAAGUAGGCUGAGACGAGCAUAAAAGAGUGCAACAAAUUCAAAGUGUCCAAGUUCAAAUUCUAAAUCCAAGUUCGGUUUCUCGUUCGUGUGUGCGUUGGUGUUUUGUGCGAUGAGGUGCUAAAACGAAUAGUAAACAUCUGGCAUCAAGGACUUAAAUCUCCCUCCAAAACAGUGAAGAGAAGCAGACACUUUUCCCUCCAAAAGACAUUUCCAAAAACCAUGCAGAUCGAGUACAAACGCGUCACGAAACUCUUCUCUGGCUGCGGCGUAGCUUCGCUCCUAGGGGUACUUAGCUAUGAGGCAUACCGGACGUAUGCUGCACUGACGUCACUGGUCGACACUCGCGUCCUGGACAUCGAUCGGAAGCGCCCUGAUUACAUUUACAUUAAGCAUCACAUUUAUCGCCAAUCGCUGCGUGAACUGGCGGCAAGCGAAGAGAACCGAAACCGGUGGAUGACCGCUAUCGUGCAGCCCUUUGAGAAAUGGUGGAAAGCAUUGAAGCACUCGGUGGCCUGGCGGCUGUUGAGGAUCGCUCAGCAGGGGGAUCAGGCGGAGCGACUGAAGGCUGUCCAGCAAUUGGCCCAAAUCGAUCACCUUAAGGAUUGGGAUUUUCAGCAUCUUGCACAACUCUGCGAUUACCAGACAGCCAUUUCGCUCGCUCGUUGCCAUAGCGAUACCCGCUGGUUCCUGCCACCGCGCCAAUAUGGAGUGCUGCUAUCGAUGCGUGAGGUGUUGGGCGAGAUGAAGUCACUGCUGGAGCUGCUGGCACCGCACAAGUGUGCGGUCUAUGCACUGGAGCAAACAUUCGGCAGUUCCGGCCAUAUCCGUGAACCCGAUGGUGAUGAGGUGACGUACCAAAUGUCGCCUUCCCGCUUCGAGUACGAUCAGCUUAAGCAAUCGCUGAGUGCACUGGUCCACCUGACCGGGCUGAUGGGUGAGGAAGGAAAGGAAAAUUGUCGGAGGAUUAUCGAAUCCGGUGGCCUACUGCAGCUGAUCGAGGUCGAGAAGCUGUUCCAGAACGACAUCGACAUGAAGCUCCUGGUGAGCCGUGUGGUAGCGAAUCUUUCCGCCUUCGAGGGUCGUGGCUACGAAUUCUUCGCCAGUGGUUGGUUGCACAUACUGGCUCGCUGGAAGCGAGACGUUGAUAUGCGCAUCCAGGUGACGGCGGACCUGACGCUCGAGAAUCUCGAUCAGGAUGAUCCAAAUGGGUUCCGGUAUGCACCGAAGGUGUACCCCCUGCAUCCGCGAGGUCGUCAGCAAGCCAAACCGGCCGUUGAUGUUGUAUUUAUCCAUGGGCUUUUAGGAGGUGUGUUUGUUACGUGGCGCCAGAAGGAUCUCAAACCACAGGCCGCCAGUCUGCUAGGUAAGAAACACACAUCAGUUCAUUUAGUGUCCACCGUAAGCCCUCCGCAAACGACUCCGACGACUGUGACAAUCGCCACCACAACGACAAAACCGGCUCCAUACCGUGGGCAUCGAACAUGGUCCGCCAAAAGCUCCUCCUUCGAGGAGCCGCAUGACGAUAAGGCAGAAGAGGGCAUUGCCUCAUACGAAGAUGAACUGCUUACGUUCCAGGAGUCGACCACGCCAAAACGGCGCGAUCCUUCAAUCAGUGAUACCGAAACCAAAGAACUCAUCGAGGCCCUACAGCAGGAGGAACCACUCGGUUCCGACUGGAGUGUUGUCUAUCCGGAUGUUCCAAUGGCUGGCGAUGAAGCGCCCGCGGGCACAUCCUCAUCCUCCGGUGACGCAUUCAGCGUUUCCGGCGAACAGUGGCUACAGGAACCGCUCGAUGCUGGUCAGCGAUCGUUCUGCUGGCCAAUGGAGUGGCUACCGAAAGAUUUCCCCAACAUUCGCGUCAUCGGACUCAACUACGACUCGUCGCUCUCCCAGUGGUCUGCCACCGGAUGUCCGUGUGAGAAGUACGACGGAAAGCUGGAAAAGCGUGCCUCCGAAUUCCUGGAGAAACUGGCCACCUCAAACGUUGGUCAGGAUCGACCCAUUAUCUGGGUUGGCCACUCGAUGGGUGGACUGUUGGUGAAGAGUAUCAUGGUACAGGCGCUUCAGAGCAGUGAUCCUCGAGUACGGCGUCUUGCGGAGAACUCCAAAGUAGUUAUGUUCCUGGGCACACCGCACCGGGGAAGCAGCGUGGCGAAGCUGAAGCAACACACCUCUGCCCUUGUAUGGCCCUCGGUUGAAGUCCGGGAGCUCGAAGAGAACUCGACCCAACUACUGCAUCUGAACAAAACGUUCCUCCGGGCGGUCGAUCAUCUCGGACCCCGGAAACCCGAGAUCAUAAGCCUCUGCGAAGGUCGUCCGACUGUGCUGACCUCCUUCAAGCUGCCUAUCCAUGUCGUGCAGGAAUCGUCUGCUCGAAUCGAUGCCGGAGACUUCUAUAUGACCAGCGAGGAUCAUCUGAAUCUCAGCAAACCCAUCUGCCGGCAAUCGUUCCUGUACCAGCGGCUGGUCGGUGCCAUCCAGGCAGCGAUCCGAGAACAGAAGGGAACGGAAACGAAGGAAGAAAUCAAAUCGCACGUCACGCCACAGGCGCACGUUUUCACACGACGAAAUACCUCCGGAGCAUCGUCGGCCCUGUCGGGACUCUAUACUCAACUCAAGCAGUUCGAGCAGCUGAUGAAUGUUUUCAUCUAAAUCUGGAUCCAAGGAAAGUGACCACGGCACCGGUCGACGAUCUCGUAUCGAGGCUCUCGGCCGUCGUGCGCGCUAUUAAUAACAACAAGUGGCUCAGUCAUGUCGUGCGAUAGGAAGUCGGACAUAUCCAACACACGGAGCAUUGGUUUCCGUGGUUGAUUUAUUUAUUUUUAAAACUCUCACGCCAUCAGACCAGUCACCGUUGGCUGGUGGACCGGUCGGUUACCUGUUACCGCAUUACACAAAGAACGUUUUUUAUACCGUGCAAGUAUUUAGCAAUAAAAGAAAAUUAAGGCUUUUUGAAGAA